CGCCGCUGGCCGACAGAAGUGAAUAUCAACAGCAGCAGCAGCAGCAGCAACUAACUUUAGCGGCCAAUUUCCUAAGGGACCAUUACAUGAAUGUAUUUGUGAUGAAGUCUGUCUCUGCUGAGCUGAGGUGCUGAAUGUCCUUCAAGUGUCGGUACAACAUGACACCGAGAUGACUCUCAAGUGGCUUGGACAUCUGUGAUUUGACAGAAGAUGAGGCUUGCUCAAUUUAUCAGACUUGCUCAAAAUGAUUGCUUCUGUAGGCUCAUAAACCACACUGACAUGGACAACAAACUAUAGUGAAACAUGUUUGUUGCAUUUUGCACAUCACAUCCACAAAAAAACACUAACUACAUACAUUAUAAUUAAUUAGUUUUGAAUGGCUUUCAGUUGAUAACCAUGUCACUGGCCGAGCAGUCUCAAAAGUGGUUUCCAACCCAUGUCCAAGCCACUGUUCUUCAAUCAACCAGUUUACAGGCCAAGGGCAAAAAUGGCACCAACGAUGCCUACACUAUCAUUCAGCUGGGCAAGGAAAAGUACUCGACAUCGGUGGCAGAGAAGACGCUUAACCCCGUCUGGAGAGAGGAAGCCUCCUUUGAGUUACCGGGGUUACUUUUGGAGGGGAACCCAGAAGUAUAUGAACUCUGCUUUAUCGUGAUGCACCGCUCUUUGGUUGGGAUGGACAAGUUCCUGGGUCAAAGGUCCAUCAGCCUCAAUGAAAUCUUCGAUAACAAGGAACGGAAGAAAACUGACUGGUAUUCCUUGGAGUCUAAGCCGGGGAAGAAGAGGAAAGAACGAGGCCGCAUCCAAGUGAGCAUCCAGUUCAUGAGGAACAACAUGACUGCCAGCAUGUUCGACCUCUCCAUGAAGGAGAAGCCCCGCUCGCCUUUUUCCAAACUUAAAGACAAAAUGAAAGGUCGCAAACACGAUAGCGGCUUCAGUGAUACGUCCUCUGCCAUCCUGCCUCGCUCUGCUGCCAGCGACGCAGAGCCAAACCGCCAGUCCCUCGCCCCAGAACCACAACCCCAGCCUGAAGCUAAGGUCAAGAGGCCGCUGCUCUCUGGGGCCCACAAACUCUCUGCAGCCCAUUCCAUGUCCGAUCUCAUUGGGACUCACUUCCGACCCAAACUGGAUUCCAUGAACUCCAUAGAAGAAAGUGGCGGCCCUCACAGGCGUUCCCAGAGCGAGGUGCCAGGCUACCAGGACGGAGAGGCACACAGUGACCCUUUCACUGAUAUCAGUGACACCCUGCCACAGAAGUAUGCCACGCUCCCACGCAACCGCAACCCAUUUGAGGGGGAGCACGGGCAGCUGUGGGACCGGCCGGAGCGGAAGGAGAAAAAGGAGAAGGUCAGCCUACUGGAACGCGUGACUGGAAAGAAGGAAGGCCGCAAGACCAACUAUGGGGGGCGAUCGGGCAGCUCUGGAGACCUGUGCUCCCCCAACCCCUUCAGUGGAGACACUAACCCCUUCAUCUCCAACUACAAAACCAGUGAUAAAAAGUCAAAUGAAGACAUCACAUUUGGCCAUAAGAAGAAAGGCAUAUACGGCAAGAAAAAGGAGGUGAAACCGGAAAGCCUGGCCGCCUACAGCAACCUGUCCUUCGAGGAAGUUGUGCGGGAACUCAUCAAGCAGAAAGAGGUGGUGAAAAAGAAAGACGCCCACAUCAGAGAGCUGGAGAACUACAUCGACAACCUGCUCGUGCGCGUGAUGGAGGAGACGCCCAGCAUUCUACGGACACCCUACGAGCCCAAAAAGAAGGCGGGUAAAAUUGGUAAAAAGAAAUGAAAGACAAACAGUUACUAAUGAAGGAGGAACUCAUGUGGUAAAAUAAGUGAGAACAAAUGGUAUUGAUCAAAGCCAAAUUGCUCAAUGGUUUAUGUCCUUGCCUAAAGAACAUUUUAUUCAAUGGGUGUAUCUUUUAUGUACUUUUUCUUUUGGCAUUCCUAUUUUUCCGUGUAUUGUUAGGUACAGGAUAAGAGAAAUUCAAUGAUUGAUUCAAGUCCAAUCAAAUCAAUUUUUUUUUGACAAUAUGGUAUGCACUUCCCCACAUGUUGCACAUACAGCUGCCGUCAUUGGCUCAAAAGCUCUUAAGGUGCAAAUGCAGCCAAAUCCAAGUUGACCAGAUGGUGUAUUUUGAAGUUUCCUGUUUGCUGAAACACGGGCAAGUGGGUGGAGAAGAUGAAGCUGUAGUUGCUGUGUUUACACUGGAGUCUCAAACUACGAUACACAUUCAGAGGAGGAAGCAUCAGCUUUGCUUUAGAGCCUCCUCUGUUCUACAGAUGUGUAUUCUUAGAAAGACUGGAGGAGAGUUACUGUAAGAAGUUGCUGGAAAGUAUCUGGAAAUCUGGUUUCCAAUGAACAAACAUACAGUACAGUUACUGUCUUUCUAUUCUUUUUUAUUAUUAUUUGUGAUGACUAUCAAUUAAGUUUAUUAGUGUCUCAGUCAUUUGCUGGAGGUGAUCAUUUUACUGACUUUAAGUGCAAUAAUAAUAAUAAUUUGCUUUACAUUCUGCUGGUAAUGUUGUUGUUUACAUUAUAAUCUAAGCUUUGAGUCAAACUCAUGUCUUUAAUAUUGUUUGAUUCACUGGUCAUGUUGUUACAGCCUCUACAGAUCAACCAUCUCCUUCUAUUACAAUUUUGAGAAGAUUGUGUUAUGGUACCAAGCUGCACAUGUGGACUUAUGCUGAACAAUCUUUAUUUAUAAAUGUGUUAUAGCUCGGUUACAUAUGAACAAUGUAUUUGUAAAAUGGUCAAAACGCUACUGUACCCCCUCCCUCAUCACCCUUUCUAAUGUUUAACACUCAACAGAUGGUAAAAGUCCCAACAAAUAUUAUCAUUCAUAAGUGUCAUACUGAUACAGUUUGAUAUGUAUUUACAUCGGCUUUCAUAUGUGUUUACCUAGUCACAGAUGAACGAUGUACUGUGCCUCAUGUCAGUUUCUCUGUGUUCUAAACACGAAUUCUAAAAUGAAUAUACAGUAAUAUGAACGUGUUUCACCACUUCACGGUACUAAUUAUGAUCAGUGCAUAACUGUUCGAGGUAAACAGCCAAUGAGUGUCAUUCAGGUUGCAGAUCACAGUGUGACAGCUGGUGUCAGAAGCAAAAUGUCCUCAUUUCACAGUUUGAUGUCAUCUCAUAUGUCGCUUCAAUCUGUGAUGCUAAUGUCACAACAACAUAUGUUGUUUCCAUGUUUAACUCUGAGAAUGUGUCCGUUUUUACCGAACGAACGCUGAGUGAAAUAAGGGGCAGCGUUAAAGGGUGUGACACGUUUCACCACAAUAUGGUUUAACGUUGAUUCUCCACCAAUAAUGCAAUAUUUGUUUCUAUUGAUCAAUGCCAGGUGAUGUAAUAUGCCCUUGUAACAAAACUACAUUUACAAAAGAUAGCUAAAAAAAAAUGACUUGACAUUUAUGUAAAAACAAUCUUUAAAUGUGUAGGAGGGUGAUUAGAUGGAAAUUGGUCCAAAAAUAAACCUGCCUUAGGGAUUUCAAAAUAAAAGCGUAUCUUAAUGAAUGUUUUCACUUGCACCAGAGAUAUUGCAUUGUUGGUCACUGAAUCGAUGGAUAUUGUUGUUUCGUUACCCCCUAGCUGCUUUUGGAGCGCACUCCUGGUACUAAAAUGACUACUUAAAGGUGAAUGCUUUGUAUCUCCUUUACCUGUGUUCGAGCUAGAUGUUCAACAAUAGUUGAAUAACUUCCUGAUGUUUAGGUUUACAUUCAAGUUUUGUAUUCCUUUUAGAUGAGAAGCAGCUUCAUGUACAGUGUUAAACACGUAUUGUAUUAUAGCAGUUGAUUUAUCAAUCUUAUUUUUCCGGUGACUUUGUUCUUAUGCUGGUAUUUCCUUCUGGUGUUUCUAGCUAUUUUGUAAUUACUUUUCAGUCUUAUACAAUUGUUGACCUUUACACUGUAUGAUACCAAAUCACAGUUGAGUGCUACACUGUAUCUAUGGAAUGUCAAAACACACUUUUUCAUGAACCACUGGAAAAACAGUUUGUCAUGUACUAAUUAUUUCUGCUGCUGAGUUACUUCAUGUGAAGGUAUGCGAUCUCUUCGUGGACUUGAAGCCAAAACGUCUUGUUACUGAAUGUAUCCUGCUCGAUUUUGAAAUACGUGAUUCUGAAAUGUAUAAUGAUAUACAAAACACUUACAAGGCCAUAGAACCUUGCUUGCCUUUAAAGUAUUUGGUGUAUCCAAAGAGAUCAUUUCACACACUGAUCCCCCCCCCCCCCCCCCCCCCCCUCCUUCCUUCUAUUACUCUGACGUCACUCAGACAUCUUCAUUAUGGACAAGAAGUGAUUGUUUUGUGCGAUGAUGUGACACAGAUGUUGGGUAAAUUCCUUCGUAUUGGAGGAGGGUUAUUUGAUCUGCAUAUAUUUUGCCAAACAUGUUUGAAUCACUUCACGAAAUGAUGAGUAUUAUGUGAUAGUAAUUAAGAAAAUAUGUGGAUAAGAAUCUGUUUCACAUUACGGAGAAGCUUCUCACUGAUUGCCUUCCUACGUGUGCUGAAGUGUGAACUCGUGUUACAGGCUUUUAUUGUUUAAACUGCUUUAACUACUCUGUAUUGCUAGUUGUAAAUGGACCUUUGACAAAGUCUCAAUACUUCCAUUGUACAUACUGUAUAGUCACUUUGUAAUAUCUCCUCACUUUGACUUUUUGCGCAUUUCACUGUGCUGUAAAAUGUUUGCAAAUGUGCUUACUUAGGUCUGAAAUUCAGUCGAAUUCAUGUUAAGCCAAAUAAAAAUUCAAAGGUAGGAAUGAAAAUGUAAAACUUAAGAAAAGUAUUUACCACCUAUCUUUAAUAUGAGCGAAACAGAUACUGGCAAAGUAGUUGGGAUAUUCCAGCUUUAUAGACAUGUUCUGUUGCUUCUGUAUUUAGUGUAUGACAUAUGGUGCAUUAUAGUGUAAAGCAGAGAAUGAAACAGGUGAUUUACACUCAGGUCAACUAUUUGCCCCAAAGCACCGCUGCUGCUCGAUGACAAAAACGAUAAGGUCGUAAUAAAUAAAUGUUUAACACAUUCGGACCCCGAGGUUAUUUAGUUCAAAUGAAAAAUGAGGAGUUGCGUAGUUCAAAUUCAUUCAUUUUGCCUGUCAUAUUGAUUGCUACAUUUGCUUUUAUAUGCUUUAAUAUCAUUUGGUGCUUUGGAAGAUGUCAGAAUAAAUCGCUAAUCUAAAUGAAAAGCAUUUUCAAAUCAUUUUCUAGCACAACAUUGUAAAGGGGUGCAUUGCAAAAAACAAAAAAAACACAACCACCCCUGCAUCAUUAUUGCACUUCCUCCUCUGCUCUUUUGCAUAAUAUUUGUCAUCCAAUCAAUGCCAAUGUUCCAAUGUGCAAAGCGUGGAGGCAACAUUUCCUAUACAAUUUGGCCUGUGUUGUAAUUCACAUUAAUAUAGAGUAUUUUGCAAAUGCAUAAAAGUAUGUUUUGUUAGUGUUGUCCACCCCAUUCAAAGAAAACAAACAGUGCAAACAUAUGGGGAUUUUUUCCAUGUUGACGAAGCAUGCAUUGAACCUUUUGAUGAAGAUGACAUAAAGCUCAAGUCGGAUCUCACAAUCCUCCUCUGGCAGCUUUUUAAGUCUUCUACUGAUAAUAUGAUGCUGCUUGCCAUAGGCCACAUACAGCUGCCAGACACUAAGACUUAAGCUCCCGCUAAAUCCCCUGACGGUGCUUGUAAUGUGGCACACAGUUUUUGAAGGAAAUGAUGACUGUGUUUAUAAAAGAUCUCGCCAGUUAGCAUUGAGUUUACACAAUUGUAUGGAGGCUGGUGCACAAGAGGUGCCAACACAAAUAAACAAUGUGAGUUGAGUUUAGUGCCCCAACAUGGUGGAGACCUUAAAUGACAUUUUGAUACUCGCGUGUUUCUCAAGGUAGUCAGCCACAAGCCUUGUAAUGUAAAAAAAAAAAUGGAAGUAAAUGGCUGAUUCUUGUCAUUUCUGCAUGUCAAUCAAAUGUUUUGAUUAUGUAAAACGUUUUUUUCAUUGAUUCCUCAAGAUUGGGAUAAUUUUCAUCAACUCGUCACACUACCUUAUUGUAAUGUAAUUAACUCUGAAUGAAAAAAAGUGCUUUCAUCGGAAAAGGUACAUGAUUUUCUUUUCUUUUUUUCACAUAAUAGCCUAUAUGCAAGACUUUCAUACCUGGAUGUGUGGAUACAAGAAUGUAUGGCUUUUUUUUAUUAUUGUAGUUCUGGAAAAGCGUUGGGGUUUGGAAAAUGUAUGUAAUAUAAUAACAGUAUGAUGCUGUUAAUGAUGACUAUAUAAAGUGCCAACGCAAGCACUAAUUCAGAAGAAUUUGGGGAUGCAUUUCUUAAAUUCAUCCAUGUACUACAGUUUUGACUUGUUCCUUUUAGAUAUCGUCACCAUCAUUAUAAUUCAAAUCCAAUGUCAUUUUCAAUAAACUCUGUAAAUGAAA